AUGACUGAUUUUUUAUUCUUUGGUGUUAUAAGACUGUUGUUUGAUGAUGAUGAUGCUUUGGAUGAUGAUGAUGAUGAUGAUGCUUUGGAUGAUGAUGAUGAUGCUUUGGGUGAUGAUGAUGAUGAUGAUGAUGCUUUGGAUGAUGAUGAUGAUGAUGCUUUGGAUGAUGAUGAUGAUGAUGAUGAUGAUGCUUUGGAUGAUGAUGAUGAUGAUGAUGCUUUGGAUGAUGAUGAUGAUGAUGAUGCUUUGGAUGAUGAUGAUGAUGAUGAUGCUUUGGAUGAUGAUGAUGAUGCUUUGGGUGAUGAUGAUGAUGAUGAUGCUUUGGAUGAUGAUGAUGAUGAUGAUGCUUUGGAUGAUGAUGAUGAUGAUGCUUUCGAUGAUGAUGAUGAUGCCUUGGAUGAUGAUGAUGAUGACGAUGAUGCUUUGGAUGAUGAUGAUGAUGCUUUGGAUGAUGAUGAUGAUGAUGCUUUGAAUGAUGAUGAUGAUGAUGCUUUGGAUGAUGAUGAUGAUGCUUUGGAUGAUGAUGAUGAUGCUUUGAAUGAUGAUGAUGAUGCCUUGGAUGAUGAUGAUGAUGAUGACGAUGCUUCGGAUGAUGAUGAUGAUGCUUUGGAUGAUGAUGAUGAUGAUGCUUUGAAUGAUGAUGAUGAUGAUGUUUUGGAUGAUGAUGAUGAUGCUUUGGAUGAUGAUGAUGAUGAUGAUGAUGCUUUGGAUGAUGAUGAUGAUGCUUUGGAUAAUGAUGAUGAUGAUGAUGCUUUGGAUGAUGAUGAUGAUGAUCAUUGAAAAUUCUUGUAUGUAUUGAUUUGUUACUAUGGUAUAACUGUGAAUGUGAGUAUAGAAAUGAGAAUCGAAAAAGAAGAAAAGAAAAAAUAAUAAUAAUCGAAUAGAUGAAUAAGAAGUAAUAAGUCUUAUAAUAGACUGAUUUUUUAUUCUUUGGUGUUAUAAGUGACUUUUAAAUUGGAAACAUACUUAAGUAUUAUAUGAAUAAUUCUAUUGAUGUAUAGGACUGUUGUUUGAUGAUGAUGAUGCUUUGGAUGA